UUGCGAUCAACAAUGGCGAGCAAGAAACCCAGGUCCAAAGAAUCCAAGGCAAAGGAGACGGCUUUUGCGAAGAGAGUUCAGACCCUUAAGAACAAAGCUAGAGAGCUCUCCGUUCUUUGCGAUAUCUCUGUCUGCUUCAUCUGCUACGGUCCCGACGGCCAACUUUAUCACUGGCCCGAGAAUCCCGGAGAUGUCCGUACGAUCGCGACGAGUUACAGGGCGUUGAGCGAAGAGAAUCGACGGAAACGCACUGUUGAUUUGAACGCAUUCCUGGCCUCUGAGAACAGCAAGACCGAACGCCCCAAGAAGAAACGGAGGCUUGCGUCGGAGGAACCUGUUUGUGACGAGGCAUCGAACCAGCAGCACUCGCGUGAGGAUCUUAGGGUUUUGCUGUCUCGGAUUGACUCUAAAUUGGAAGAAUUUCAUGGCAGAUUGAGUCAUAAGAUGGUUCGAGGUGAACAGCCGAGAGGCUUCGAGGGUUUCAGUGGCAAGAAAGAUACUGUAUUUGUGGAACCGGAGGCGACUCCAAUACUGGGAGAAGAAAACAGGGCUGAGAUCGAUGUUUUUGGAGGUUUGGCAGACUUGGAUAUGGGGUUUGAAGGAUUCGGACAUCAGAGUUCUUGUUUCGGCUUCGGUGAUUGUCUGUUGGAGAUGGAUCCGACACUUUUUUGCCACGGAUCCAGUUCUGCAGUUCGAACAAAUUGCAUGAGAGACUAGAAAUUCUUGGAUUCUUAGGGUUUUGGGUUUCCUCCUCGGGAAUCAAAACUGUGUAAAUUUCAUGAACAGAGAUGAUUUGUUGGCAUCAUUCUCCCCAUGACCUCUAAUCCUUGUAGGUUUUUUUACGACUAAUGUUUCUUUUACAAGUUGUUGUCUGUAACAUGUUUCAGUAGAGAAAGCAAAGUCUUAACAAUUUGUCAUUUUCAGACAGAAA